AAAUAGUAAUUAAUAAAUAAUGGAAGUAGACGAAGAAGAUAAACUAUCAAAAAUUGAGCAAGAAUUAAAAGAAAUUAAUGUUAAAGUUAUCAAACUACAAAAACGUAAAGCUGAAUUAUUAGAACAGAAAGAAAAAUUGAAACAGCUAUCAUAUCAAAAACAAACUAAUUCUAUUAGUGACCAGAAUAAAUGGACUCACUCAGACUUUCCUUGGCAUCAAAGAGUACAAGAUACUUUAAAAACUGUUUUUAAAUUGAACACUUUUCGUUCACAACAAUUAGCAGCUAUUAAUAUUACAUUGUCAAAACAUGAUGCUAUACUUAUUAUGCCAACUGGCGGAGGGAAAUCUCUUUGCUAUCAGUUACCUGCUCUUAUAGAUCAAGGUUUUACUCUUGUGGUCUSUCCUAUGGUGUCACUUAUGGAAGAUCAGACAAUCCAAAUGCAAAAACUUGAUGUUAAGGCUAAAAUGAUAAGUUCCUAUUCAUCAAAAGAAGAUGUAAAAUUAUUAUUUCAGAUGAUGACUGACAUUAAAUCAGGUUUAAAAAUUGUAUAUUGUACACCAGAAAGAAUUGCCAAAAGUAAAACAUUUAUGAAUAAAUUACAAAAAGCUCAUAGCUUGAAAUAUCUUUCAAGAAUAGCCAUUGAUGAAGUYCAUUGUUGUACGACAUGGGGACAUGAUUUCAGACCUGAUUAUACACAUUUAACAAUUUUCAAACCAAUGUUUCCUGAUAUUCCUAUUUUGGGUCUUACUGCAACUGCAUCUUCAAAAGUUAUUGUUGAUACACAAAAGCUAUUACAAAUACAAGGAUGUGCUUUACUAAAAGCAUCAUUUAACAGACCAAAUCUAUAUUAUGAAGUUAAAUUGAAGCCUGAAGGUAAAAAAUGUGUGGAGSAAUUAGCAUCACUGCUUAAAAAUAAGUUCAAAAAUCAAUCAGGAAUUAUUUACACUACAUCUAUUAAAGAUUGUGAAAGCUUACGAAAAGAUUUAAAAGAACAUGGCUGUAGAGUUGGUGCUUAUCAUGCCCAACUAGAAGGACCUCUAAGAUCAAAGGUUCAUAACAAAUGGUUGAAUGGUGUAUAUCAAGUAGUAGUAGCUACUAUUGCAUUUGGUCUUGGUAUAGAUAAACCAAAUGUGAGAUUUGUUAUUCACCACACUCUUUCAAAAUCAAUAGAAAAUUUUUACCAAGAAAGUGGGCGUGCAGGAAGAGAUGGAAAACCCUCUACUUGUUUAUUAUAUUAUAAGUUAAGUGAUGUGUUUAAAUUAAGCACAAUGGUGUUUACAACACAGACUGGGUUACCUAACUUAUACUCUAUGAUAAGUUAUUGUUUAAAUGUAAAAGAAUGUAGACGCAAAUUAAUAUCAACUCAUUUUGAUGAAUCAUGGGAAUCAGAUGAUUGUAAUGAAAUGUGUGAUAAUUGUUGUAAUCCUAAAACUGUGAAGUCUAUUUGUAUAAAUAAAUAUUGCCUGGAUGUGUAUAGCAUAUUAAAUGCAGCUUCAGAAAAUGAAAUUAAGUUUACAGCUCAAAUGCUAAUAGAUACUUGGUAUGGUAAAGGUAACAAAAAAGUGUUGUUGUUUGAUGUACAGUCUCCAGUAUUUUCAAGAACACGAGCUGAAAUGAUUCUUGGUGARCUUAUUGUACAAGGAUAUUUAAUGGAAGACUUUCAUUUUACUCCUUAUUCUACUAUUUCAUAUAUCAAAAAAGGUACAAAUCAAUACAAGGUGACAAAAGAAAAUAAAAUCUUUAUGGAAAUAUCCCAAGAAUUAACCAGUGAACCAGUAUUAAAAAAAUUUAAAUCAAAAUAAUUUAUUUAAAAUAGUUCUAUUGGAUG